AUGGGAUCCUGCAAUGGCUUCCUCUGCUUAUUCCGCCAUAAUGGUAAAAUUGAUGCUUUCAUUUUUAACAUAUCCAAUCCCAUUACCGGCGAGUCUGUACCUCUUCCAGUCAAUAAAGAAAUAGGUCGUCCAGCUCACUUUGGGUUUGGAUUUAGUCCCAUAAGUGAUGUCUAUAAGGUGGUUGUGUUUACAUCCAAUGAAGUUAAUGAACAUCGCUUUCACAAAAGAAAAUUGAACGUGAUGGUUCUGACUGUUGGCUCUGGGAUUUGGAGAAGAAUUGGCAAAGUAUCCAAUGUCAUGCUUGGAACACGACAAGGAGUCUUUCAUAAUGGAUUUCUUCACUGGGUUUGCCACUAUAGAAAAGGUUGUCAUCACUUUUUCAUACGUGCAUUUGAUGUUGAAAGCGAGGGUUUCAAGGAUUUACCAAUGCCCCCUUAUUAUUUCCGUCCCGAUUUUAUGCCUCAAAUGCGAGUCUUAGGAGGUUCACUUUCUGUAAGUGAUGGCCGCACGUUUUGGGUAAUGAAAGAGUACGGCGUCAAGAGGUCUUGGACCAAAGAGCUUGAAAUUGGACAUGAUACAAUUUAUCCUAAUGACCUAUAUGGGUCCUAUAUACCAUAUGUUUCAGUUUUGAAAUUUACAGAGGGGAAGGUUUUGUUGUUAGCAAAAACUAAAUUGUGCCUCUAUACUCCUGAAACAAGGACCCUUGUGAGGGUUGAGAUUGAUGGGAUGCCAUCAGGGGGCUUCCAUUUCGUGGCAGACCAUAUUCCGAGCUUUGUUUCUCCGAAGGAAAUUAUCAAGGAUUACCUCUCCAAAGUACCUAGUUAA